UUUAAGCUAAUUGAAGCAGGAAUUUUUGUUCAUUGUUUGCAGGGAAGUGUAAGUUUAGACUUAAAGGAGUUGAAAAUGUCGGACAAAACCAAAGGAAGAAAAGAGGAAGUGGUUACCAGGGAGUACACCAUCAACCUCCACAAGCGCUUGCAUGGCUGCACCUUCAAGAAGAAGGCUCCCACAGCCAUCAAGGAGAUCCGGAAGUUUGCAGUGAAAGCUAUGGGUACAAAGGAUGUCAGAGUGGACGUGAAGUUGAACAAGCACAUCUGGAGCAGAGGAAUCCGAAGUGUCCCAAGGAGAGUCAGAGUUCGUAUUGCUCGCAAAAGGAAUGAUGACGAAGAUGCAAAGGAAGAGCUCUACUCCCUGGUUACCGUAACUGAGAUCCCACCAGAGGGAUUGAAGGGACUUGGCACCAAGAUCAUUGAGGAUGAAGAUUAAGCUAUCAGUAGUGGAGAACGAUAGACACAUUAUUUAUUUGAGAAUUAUCAAUUUUGUUUCGAAACUUAAUUUGUUCUUGGACUAAUAUGGUCUACUUCACAA